UGUUAAAUGUUCUCGAGAGCAUGUCAGCUGCGUAUGUGUGUUUUGGUUUCACACCUGUGACCGCAUCACUCAGGUCGAUCCCUCCGCGUGUGUCCAUCAGCAGCCGGGCUGAGUGUUGGGAUGCGCGGCGUGUUUUCAUGCGGCGUCGUUGCCAUAACGUCAGCGUGCAGCCGCGUCGCCCUGCGGAGGUUUUCCGGGCUCCUCUCUCUGCACCGGAGCUCGGCCCUCCCGACAGAGACGCUUCCGAAUCUGAACAAAUAACCGCGACUGUCUCUCAUACACAAACACGCGCGCGCAAGCGUGAAACCUGACGUGAUGCUCGUGCCGCCGUCCCAUUCAUUGUGGGAUCCUCCCUUCAGACAGUCGUGCGUUUGCGCCGCGUUUAGAACGGGCUGUAAUCAGACUCACUGACAGGACACAAUAGGUAACGUGGCCUGGAUUGAUUUUUCUGCGGCAAUGUAAAGAUGGCGAGAGUCCUCCACAACUUGUUCUUCUGUCUGAUCAGACUUGCGCUGAAAAUCCGACUUUGGGGGUACUGGUCACUGAUUUACGGUUAUUGUGCUCUGUGCGCCGUCGUAGCGCUGCUGAAACUUUGGUGGAGCAUCGUCUUAAGGCCCACGGCGACCUUCCAGUGGGUGAUCCGAGAAAGUCCUCCGGCGUGCCUGAAUGACACGUCUCUGGGAACGCACUGUUAUGUUCGGAUCAAGGAGUCUGGCCUCAGGUUUCACUAUGUUGCAGCAGGGGAGAGAGGAAAGCCACUCAUGCUGUUUUUGCACGGUUUCCCUGAGUUCUGGUUCUCCUGGCGCUACCAGCUGCGUGAGUUCAAGAGUGAAUUCCGGGUGGUGGCCAUUGACAUGCGCGGCUACGGCGAGUCUGACCUGCCGCUCUCCGCUGACAGUUACUGCUUUGAAUACCUGGUCACUGACGUGAAGGAUAUUGUGGAGUACCUCGGAUACAACAGAUGUUAUGUUGUUGGCCACGACUGGGGGGGCACCAUAGCGUGGUUGUUUGCCAUUCACUACCCUGAGAUGGUGACGAAGCUGAUCGUGCUGAACUGUCCCCAUCCGACGGUGUUCACAGAUUAUGCGCUGCGUCACCCGAGCCAGCUCCUGAAAUGCAGCCACUUCUUCUUCUUCCAGCUGCCUCGCUUCCCAGAGCUCAUGCUCUCCAUCAAUGAUUUCAAGGCUCUGAAGGCUUUGUUCACCAGCCGGAACACAGGAAUCAGCAGGAAGGGCCGGUGGCUCACCGCAGAGGACCUGGAGGCCUACGUGUACGUCCUGUCUCAGCCGGGAGCUUUAACGGGAGCUCUUAACUACUACAGAAAUGUCUUCAGCUCCCUCCCUCUUAGUCACAAUCACGUCCGGUCUCCAGUGCUGCUGCUGUGGGGGGAGCGGGAUGCUUUCCUGGAGCAGGAGAUGGCGGAGGCUUGCCGACUCUACAUCAGGAACCAUUUCCGUCUCAACAUCAUAUCCGGGGCCAGCCACUGGCUGCAGCAGGACCAGCCUGAUAUUGUCAACACCCUCAUAUGGACCUUCCUCAAGGAAGGAGAGGGGCGAAAAGGCCAUAGGAGCUAGUCCCACAGAGAAGCAGCCCCCUCCAGCCCUGUAUUCCCCCCUCCCAGAAGCCUUGAAUAUGCCUGUAAGACCAGGCGACAUAGUGACAAUGCAAUCAUUCUUUAAAUUUCUCACGUUCUGAUAUUUUUUAAGACAUCUGAAGGAAAGGAUCCAAGCACACCUCCCUGGAGAGGACACCAAGGAGAUCAUGUGGCACGGUUAAAAUGUUUCUUUUGCACACGACAUCGGCCUUAAAGUUUGUCGGUUACAUCAUAACAAAUGUGUGGCGUUUCCACGUGACUGGUGAUUGUGUGGUGCCUUUUUAUCUUCGUCCCGGGUUGUCGUCAUCGUCGGCUGUGUUUGCGUUUCUCGUGUACGCUCAGCUUCCAGUCGGGCACCGCUUUUCAGGAGCCACGUCCCAAUCCUCUCAUUGAGUAAUGUUGUAAAAAGACUUUUUUUCUUUCAAGAUAUUUGCUCACAUGUAGAGAAUGUUAUCAUGAUCUUCCUGUUUAGAAAUGCCAGUGAUGGUUGACUAUGAUACUAUUUUGUAUCUCUUCCUACACGCUGCAUUUUCAAACUCACUGAGCCUGAUCGUCACUGUUUGAUUUUAUAAAUAAACUGUUCGUCUGUCAAACUC